AUGCCAGCCUCAUUGCGGAUCGAAAUAUUCCCCUCCGACCUCCAGCGAAUGAUUGAUUUCUAUUCCACCAUUCUCAACUUCAGCUUGAUCAAGCGCGAUGGCGACUACGCUUACCUUGGACGCCGACAUCCAAUGGCAACCUUGGGGACUGAAGGAUUUCCGACUAAUCGACCCCGACGGGUAUUACCUGAGGAUCACAACGCACAGCCCAAAGCGCGAUGGGAAAGGACUGUGAAGCACACGCAUGGCACAUGGGAAAGUCUGAUUGUCCUCUCACAUGCAGCGGUGGACGAUCCCCUCCACAAUAGUCUAACAUGGGCCACCGGGAGACCCAUUCAGGAGGCUAUGCGAUCCCACUCUUUGAAGGAGGGAUGA